UUACGUCUAUUCCAAGCCAGUUAUUAAAAACGUCUCGGCGUGAGCGGAGUGCCGCCCUGUAAUUAUCCAGUUGACGGUUUCGUUGCGUUUACGUUGUCACCACACUCGCCGGAAAUGCAAUACGUGGAUCCGCCCGCUCAACAGAUGAUGAAUAUGAUGGGAGGAUAUUCCUGCGGCUACGGUCGAGGAGACGCACUAUCGCCGGCAUCGGAUUUAUCGUCGUGUAGCAGUGCUUCGUCAGGCGCUUGGUGUGGAGCACCUACGUGGCGUGAAUUACCACCUUAUCCACCCCAAUACCCGGCAUACUGGCCAUCAGCUCCCGCCGCUACAGAAGAAGCACGUGAACUUCAGCGUCGUUGUGCUAAAUGCCGAUGUCCUAACUGCCUCACAGAAGCCGCUGGCUUCGGACCCAAUUAUGGAAAAGAUGGCGCAAAGAGAGAACACGUAUGCCAUGUACCUGGCUGUGGAAAAGUGUACGGGAAGACGUCUCAUCUUAAAGCUCACCUUCGUUGGCACACCGGAGAACGUCCCUUCGUUUGCAAUUGGUUGUUCUGUGGCAAACGAUUUACGCGCUCUGACGAGCUUCAACGGCAUUUAAGGACACACACUGGCGAGAAAAGAUUCUCUUGUCAACUUUGUGCUAAACGAUUUAUGAGGUCGGAUCACCUCGCGAAACAUGUCAAGACUCAUGCGAAUGUGUCCAGGAAGAAUAAGAAAGCGAAAGAAGAUGAUAAAGACGAACCGGCUAAAGUGACGGAGAAAUCUGAACAAUCACAAUUGAGAACCGAACCAUCCCCACCUCCUACGUCAGUUGGUAGUACUAACUACGGAACAGUGCCACAGGUUGCAAGCUUUCCCAAACAAAUGUCUCUUAACUAUGCCUCAGUUGCUCCUAAUGUAGUGUCAAGUGCGGCGAGUGGGUACAACAGUGCGGCAUUCGGUGGUGGUGUAAUGAGUGGAUGGUAUCCUGACGUACGGCAAGAUUUCUAUGCCCGCGCGCCCAUGAGAGAUCACCGAGUAUAUCAACAAUAUCCGACUACUCAUUUGAGUACAUACCAGUGUGCAACAAAAGAUAACUACGCUGUAUUCCAAGGACAUUAUAAUCUCCAGCCUCCUGUUGCACUGGGACAAUGAGUACAUAUAAAAUAUAUCUUUUAUUACAUAACUGUGCAUGUUUAUUAAUACAACUUCAAAUGAAUAGUGAGUUUUCCUGAUAUUCGCUUUUUGCACAGAAUUUGUGACUGCUAUCGGUG